AUGUCUCGUCCUCAGGUCAGCAUCGACCGUCUCACACCCCGCCGAGCGACGGUAGAACCACGCGAGGCAAUGAACUGCAAAUCCUGUCGCAAAAGAAAGAUCAAAUGUAAUCGUUUGCGACCAAGUUGCGAGGCCUGUAAGGUCUUUCAAUGCGCCUGUGUCUAUGAUGCCAUCCCCAAAAAAAGAGGUCCCAAGACAGACGUCCUUGAAGCCUUACUCAAGAGAGUCGACGGAUUGGAGAAAAGACUUCAAGAUGAGAAAAAUCCUAUUUCGCCUACUUCCCCCGAUACUAUCCCCGAACAUCUCCCUUUAAGCCAGCCAAAUGGCCGCCGAAAUACCAUAGAAGCUACCCCGUUCAAUCCAUACCCACCUCCAGAAUCGCGACCGUCUUUAUCAAUCCCUCGGGCACAACAGCCAGAGACUUUCUCGAGACCAUCAGGUCAUGUUCCGUCGAGGAGCUUGUCACAACCCUCUCAGGCUCAAAAUGGCGUUUUGUCUGAAAUCCUCUUGGAUGCCUAUUUUACAAGGUUACAUGGUAAACCGUUCUUCGUUAUGGAUGAGUCAAGUACAAGACAGCGACAUCAGUUGAAUCAGUUGCCCGCGCAUUUAUCUAUGGCUAUAGCUGCUAUGGCACUCAGAUAUACGCAUACAUUCGGUCAACCGGAGCAAUCGCUUCAUGUAGGACUCGAUGCUGCUUUGCAAGCGCGGCGCAUGGUAGAUGUGGAUAACCCUACGCUAGAAGGGUUACAAACUUUGCUCUUGUUGUCGCAGGCUUUCUUUGCCUAUGGACUAGGGAAGAAAGCAUAUAUGACAUUCUCAAACUGCGUGGCUAUGGUCGUCGCAUUGGAUCUUUUCCGUGAGCUCCCGUCCAAAAGCAAUGUGUCACUUUCGGAGCGAGAGGUCAGACGUCGGUUGUUUUGGGCGGUUUACCUCAUGGAUCGUUUCAUUGUUUGUGGCUCACGUCGUCCAUGUCUCAUAUCCGAUCAUUCCAUCGUCUUGCGUCUUCCUUCAUGGUCGCCCCAUGCGGCAGGUCUUAACAUGGAGGGGGAGCUCUUCCAUGUUGGUCCUAAUAUUCAAUAUUCUGCAGACUCGCGCCGGAAAUCCCCAAGCGCGGCGUCGCUGCUCAUUGAUAUCACGCGCAUUCUUGGUGUCACUAACCGGUAUCUGGCUGCUGGUGGUGUCAAAGGAGAUUCUCAUUUCCCUUGGCAUGCGCUUUCCAAUCUAUCCAAGAUUCGUCAGGAGCUGGAUAUUUGGGCAGCGGGAACUCAAGAUGUCUUCGCCUCCAUCGAGGCACUGUUUGGGCACCCUGAAAGUACGACUCUGCUACUAAGCAAGCUGAUAUACCAUCUGGUUCACUGUCUACUUUACCGCCCUUUCUUACCAAUCGACCUCGUGGAAUUGAGAGGGACUGGGCAGCACCAAUCGUGGCAAAUUGAAGCUACCAAUCUGUGUUUUUCCCACUCGAAUGCGAUUGCAGAGCUCGUUGAAUUGGGCCGCAACUCUCCCCUGGUUGAGUGGCCCGCUUUUGUCGGCUAUUGUGUGUGCACCGCGGGCACUGUUCAUGUCCAUGGUGUUCACUACAAAGGCCGCGAGGGCGAGGUCUUUUCAUCUAGUGCGGAGUUUUUGACUCGAGAGAUGCAUCAGUUGACAUGGCUACGAAACGCUUGGGCAGGUGUACAACAUCAACGCGAAUUACUGCAGACUAUUUAUACCUCGCAUGCAGAACUUGUUCGCAAUCUUGCGAGUAGCCCAAUGCGUUUCUCGCCGGUCUUUCAUCUUGAGGACUUCUUGGACAGAUACCCUGGCCUGACGGUGGAUGGAGCGCAUGUUCGACUGAUAGAUUCAGGCGAUGAACUACGCCCAAGCAUCCCCAGCCUAGUCGAUCGUCAGGAUCACUUUUAUGCCCGGUCUAUGGGUCCUCCCUCAUACGGCAGUCAAGGCUUCUUCCCCAACACAAAGCCAACGCCACCUCCCUUCCAGUCCACGCAAAGUCCCGAGUCCGACCGACAUAACUCCGCGUCUCAUGGAGGAACGGGUAAAUCAAAUAAUCACCCACCAUCCCUCUCUCCAACAAUCCAAUUCCACCAAACACCCAGCCAGUCACAAGCAUCACCGACUCUCUCAUCCAUCUUCCCUGUUCAAGGAACCACCGAUAUGUCACCUACAUCAACAGUACCACACGCCGACCACAGUCACCUCGGCCUCCACAAUGCCUUCUCCCCAUCAGCCUUUGGCCUCUCCCCACCAGCUUUCUUAACCGACCCAUCACUAAGCAUAGCCCCAACUCCACCCUCAAACCCUCAAUACGCGACCUUUCCCUUCGACGCUAUCAAUAUGAAUCUCAAUGGAGUUCCCGGCACUACUGCCCUAACACCAGGCGCACAAUCACAGACUAGUGGAUCCCACACAGCUGGCAGUGAAACAGGGAACCUGGAGAAAGACCCUUUCCUCAGCUUACUGGAGCAACUCGCCAAAAACGAAAACUCACAGGGUGGGCCUAGUGAGCUGGAUUUCUUCUUAGCGGGUGCAGUGGAUACGGAUGAUCCUGCUGCGGGUACUGUUGAUCAAGAAAAGAUCGGAGGAGAGCUUGCAUGA